CUUUUGAACAGGAUAAAAGACCCACCGAAAAAACUUGGAUUUGAUGACCAUGGGAUUACUUUUAUUACGUUCAUUUACCUCCUUCGAUCUAGUAAAGACUCUCUACUAAGCCAAUGAACGCCCUCCCUGCCGACUCACGUGGUCCCACCUCGGGCGCACCUGCACACGCCAAGUGGGCGCAGCCACCAGAGGAGAAGGUCCACGCCAGGGGCAAGGGGCCCGGCAGCGAGCGGCAGCCAUGCAUCGGGACAACCACGCGUACCAGCAGAACCACUUCAAGGAUUCAUGCGCGUACCAGCGAGGGGCCACCCCGGAGGAGUUCGCCCUCAACCCGCCGCCCUGCCUCUACAUGACCCGGCAGGUGCAGGCCGCGUACCCGCCCGGAGCCACCUUAGAGGCAGCCGACGUCUUAGCGGACCCCGCGUACGGGCUCCCUCUCCGGGAAGACCUCGGGAUCCCGCUGCUGCACCACCAGCCGCAGCCGCCCCAAGUGCCUCAACACCCGCAGCCGCUCACGCCCGUCGCGGCCUUCGGGGACGUGGACGAGCAGAAUCGCUUUCACCUACCUUUCCCUUGGAUGAAAAGCACCAAAACCCACUCCCACGCAUGGAAGACGCAGUGGACAGGUCCGUACAUGAUGGCGGAAGCCGAGGAGAGCAAGCGUACACGCACGGCGUACACGCGUGCUCAGCUUCUGGAGCUGGAGAAGGAAUUCCUAUUUAACCGCUACAUCUCCAGGCCGCGUCGCGUGGAACUGGCGCUAACUCUCAGCCUGACCGAACGCCACAUCAAGAUCUGGUUCCAGAACCGCCGCAUGAAGUGGAAGAAGGAGGAGGACCGGCGGCGGGCCAGGAGGGGCGAACCUGACCAGGACUCGGCCGUCACCUCCGCGGAUCAGGGGACGACGGGUACUGGAAUGGGGGCCUCGCCGCCUCUCUCUCCGGAACACCGGGCGGCGGACCGUGAGAAGACACUUUUUUUAAGCUAAACAUUGUCAUGGAGGAACAUGAGAAAGCGGGGUACACAUAUACUGAUUAACAGGGCCAAUUUUAGCAUUUUUCAGUGGAUCCAAAACCUGUUUCAUUAUUUGCAAAAACACAAACGACAAGAUUCUGACAUGUUUGCAACCACUGGAUAUGUUAAGUUAAUAGCUCAACUUUUUUCAAAUGUUUUAAAAAGUUAAAUCCACUUAACAUUUAUAAAGUUAAUUCAAUUUAAAAGUAUUGUACAUAAGUUUCAGCAUUUUUUUUAAUAUUAACUGCGAAUCUAUUAGACUUAAAACGGUAAUACAACUAAACUGUAGCAGUUUGGUAAUUAGUUCUUCUGUGUACAUUGCGUGAGUGUGGGAGCCCUGUGGCACCAUACCGCCUCUACAGGUCAGACUUGGUACUACGACAGUUCUUCGUGAAAGCUAGCAUUCUCGCAGUCGGCGUGAUGUCACGAUGACGUCAUCUAGCAUAGCAGCGUGUCGCCAUUUUGAGAGGGGGCACGCACAGGUAAACAUCCGUAGAAAAACGUCUGAAAUUCAUAUAUUUCGGCUGUGUUUUGCAUCUUUUUUUCAUAAACACGUCUUAAACAUGACUUAUUAUCACGAGUCACUGCCGACAGACGCGAGGAGGUGAUACAACUUAAAAUUAGCAUGUAUUGGCCUACAAAUCUGCCCAUACAAAGUCGCAGCUGAUAGCUGGAUAAACAAUCCAAAGGAAUUGCCUGCAGUGGAGUUUGGAAACAUGUACAACUACCUCAUAAAGUCACCCAGUAAGUUGACCUUUAUCAGUUACGUGGAAUAUGUACUGUGUGGAACUAAGAAAACUGGUAGUUUAUACGGAGUGAUUAUUUCUGCCGUAACCGGUAAUUCGCCUCCAAGCGUUAUUUAGCCGUGAACACGUCACGGGAAAAUAACCAAUUCCCACCAGGCCAAUAAUAUACCAAGUGACCGAUCAGAGAGGUUCAUGGCAAAAGAAAAAUAACGCUUUGCGGGCUGUCGGUUCCGGUAAUAAUAACCACUGCCUAGUCUAUUGAAUCCUAUCAGCUAAUUGGGGCUAAUAAAAAAAAAAUCGAUUAAAGUUUACUCACCUGUAAUAAAAUGUCGGCUGCAAACGUAAAUGUGCCUGGUCCACGGAACCGUCUUCUUUUACUGUUCCUCGAUUUAUUGCUUUCAGCCAAUUGCUUGUCAUUUUCUUCUCACGGGGAAGAAUGAUGAACUUCAAAUGUGGCUCCGAACUCUUCCUUGUGUUACAACCCGCAACACGGCAACUUUUAGUAAUUCCGACGGAAAAAAAAGACUGCAAAUAAGACACAAGUUCAACGCGUUUGUACUAGGGCUGUCAAAAUUAUCGCGUUAACGGGCGGUAAUUAAUUUUUUAAAUCAAUCACGUUAAAAUAUUUGACGGAUUUAACGCACAUGCCCCGCUCAAACAGAUUAAAAUGACAGCACAGUAUAAUGUCCACUUGUUACUUGUGUUUUUUUUGGUGUUUUGUCGCCCUCUGCUGGCGCUUGGGUGCGACUGCUUUUAUGGGUUUCAGCACCACAUGAUCAUUGUGUAAUUAUUGACAUCAACAAUGGCGAGCUACUAGUUUAUUUGAUUGAAAAUUUUACAAAUUUUAUCAAAACGAAAACAUUAAGAGGGGUUUUAAUUAGGGCUGUCAAAAUUAUCGUGUUAACGGGCGGUAAUUAAUUUUUUAAAUUAAUCACGUUAAAAUAUUUGACGCAAUUAACGCACAUGUCCCGCUCAGACAGAUUUAAAUGACAGUAGAGUGAAAUGCUCACUUGUUAAUUGUGUUUUAUGUAGUUUUGCCGCCCUCUGCUGGGGCUUUGGUGCGACUGAUUUUAUAGGCUUCAGCCCCUAUGAGCAUUGUGUAAGUAAUUAUUGACAUCAACAAUGGCGGGAUACUAGUUUAUUUUUUGAUUGAAAAUUUUAUUAAAACGAAAACAUUAAGAGGGGUUUUAAUAUAAAAUUUCUACAGCUUGUACUAACAUUGAUCUUUUAAGAACUACAAGUCUUUCUAUCCAUGGAUCGCUUUAACAGAAUGUUAACAGUGUUAAUGCCAUCUUGUUGAUUUAUCGUUAUAAUAAACAAAUACAGUCCUUAUGUACCGUAUGUUGAAUGUAUAUAUCCAACUUGUGUCUUAUCUGUCCAUUCCAACAAUUUAUUUUACAGAAUAUAUAUAUAUUUUCAGAAAAAUAUGGCAUAUUUUAUAGAUGGUUUGAAUUGCGAUUAAUUUUUAAGCUGUAAUUUACUCGAUUACAAAUUUUAAAGGUUUGACAGCCCUAGUUUUAAUAUAAAAUGUCUAUAACUUGUACUAACGUUCAUCUUUUAAGAACUACAACACUAACAUUUAUCUUUUAAGAACUACAACUCUUUCUAUCCAUGGCUCGCUUUAACAGAAUGUUAAUAUUGUUAAUGCCAUCUUGUUGAUUUAUUGUUAUAAUAAAUAAAUACAGUACUUAUGUACCGUAUGUUGAAUGUAUAUAUCCGUCUUGUGUCUUAUCUUUCCAUUCCAACAAUAAUUUACAGAAAAAUAUGCCAUAUUUUAUAGAUGGUUUGAAUUGCGAUUAAUUAGAUUAAUGUUUAAGCUGUGUUUAACUCGAUUAAAAAUUUUAAUCGUUUGACAGCCCUAGUUUGAACUACAAUGAACAAGAGAGCAAUUGCUUGUGACUCGUGUUUUGCCCCCAUUUCAAUAUGGCGACGCUUUGUUGUGGCUGGUGACGCCAUUAAUGCCCGGAUGUCCGACUGCGAGAAUACGACUGACAAUUCAUGAAUCGUGUGUACCCCAAUUAAAGCUCUUAAUUUAAGUGUACAUAUGUGCCAAAAUGGAGGACCAAAUAUUUGAGAGGGCAGCUACAGGACCCCAAGCCACUUCUUUACUACCGGCUUGAGAAAGCGAACUGAUGGUGAAGACAGAUUACCCAGAAUGCUAUAGUGAAAUGAAUGUGCUUCAGGAAAAUAUGUAUUGUGUUUGUGUAUAUGUAAAAAUUGCCUUGAUUGUUCAUUGUGAAAGCAAUGUUUCCCAAUAUUUAGUACAGAAUGUUCGCCUGCCUCCUAGCGGAGAAAACAUGUAUAGACCCAUCGUUUUUCAUUGUUCUAGUAAAUGUGAAUACCAAAAAAAAAUCAUGUAAACAAUGUAAAGGUCUACAUUAAUUACAUUUUCGUAAUCAUUAUUUUAUUUAAUUGUAUG